AUGACACAGACCCCUGAGAGGGUCAAGAACAUGGAGACUGCCCUCGGAGAUGGUGAGCACUCUGCAUUCUACAGGCAUAGAACAAACACUGGAAAGUUUCUUCCACUAUUCUACAUGUACGAUUCAUAUCUACUCAACUCAGAAGAGUGGGAAAAACAUCUGAAACACCUGAAAGCAAUAGCAUUAGAGAUACACCCUAGGAGGGCAUCUUCAUAGGACUCCUCGUUGAAGAGAAACAAGAGGGAUAUAGUCACCUCAGGUUUUGACGGGUUACACUUUGCCACUAAUAGGUUUUCCUAUGGCUCCACUUACCGCAGUUGGAAUCCAUUCUGUAAAGACAACAACCUGUUGUUCAUUCCAAGUGUGGGGCCAGGUUAUAUUGACACCAGUAUUAGGCCUUGGAAUUUCCAGAAUACAUGCAACCGCAUUAACGUGAAGUACUAUGAAAAGGCAUUGCGUGCAGUCCUAGAUGCAGGUGCUGAUAUCUCUAUAACAUCAUUUAAUGAAUGGCAUGAGGGAACCCAGAUUGAGAUGGCAAUUACAAAAACAAGCCAGACUGUGACCUAG